AUGUUUCCAAAAAGCACUUUAUUACAUUCACUAAGAUGCUUAAAUUACAAUUUUCUUCGAAAAUCUUUUUCUUUUUCUGAUUCUAACUUCUUUUAUCUUAACUCUAAUUUAUCAUUUAGGAAUUUUACAACAAAUAAAAAAGAUUUGUACCAUAAACAAUUUUCAAAAUUAGAAAAAUCACUAGAAAAUGUACAUUAUAAUACGUUGAUGCCCUUGAAGGAUGUGGUUUCUCUUUAUUCGGGAUAUUAUGAUGAAAGUCUGUACAAGUUAUUCAAGUCAGAAUUAUUAUCAUUGUACUACGACUUAUACCUUCAAAUCCUCAAAUUAUCUGAUUCUAAGUUUAAAGGGAUAAAGUCCCGCCUGGUUGAAACACAAACCUCCAUGUUUUCAGGAGAAUUUCACAAAAUCUCGGAGUGCGAUAAGGUAAUAUUGCAGGUUAAACCUGGCGUAGGGGGAGAUGAAUCCGCACGUUUUGCUUCUGAACUUUUUAAUAUGUAUACGAAUAUAUGCAAAGAUAGGGGCUUUAGGAUGCUGACACACACAGACAAUGCUGCAGAGAUAACAGGAGGAACUGAUUUUUUCAAGUAUGAAUUUGGAGUUCACAGAGUUCAGAGGGUGCCCUUCAACUGCAAGAGGAUUCAAACGUCCUCAGCCGUUGUGACUGUAGUUCCUCACUUCGCCCUCGAAAACACGAAACUUAAAAGCUCGGACUUGCACGUAGAGACCAUGCGAUCCAGUGGCUCUGGAGGCCAGAGCGUAAACAAGUCGGAAACAGCCGUGAGGGUUACCCACAUUCCAUCUGGGAUCAGUGUUUCAAUUAGGGACACCAGCAGCCAGAUAGACAACAAAUCAAUCGCAAUGGAGCUGAUUUUGAAAAAGCUUCGGGAAAAGCAGGAGUCGGAGCUUGAAAUGGUCAAAUCGGAAGUAAAGUCCACUCAAUUUAGGACUGGCGACAGGAGUGAAAAAAUAAGAACAUUUAACUUCAUGCACGACACUAUAACCGAUCACAGGUGCAAACUCACCCUCAACGGGGUGGAUUCCUUCCUGGACUCAGGGGAGGGCGUGGACGAGAUACACCAGAGGCUUUCCUCCAUGGAAGACAGCUUGAUUGUAGAUUUCAUGACGGAAAAUAUUGAUAUGAUUGUCGAGUACUACGGAAUCGCCAGCAAAUUGAAGUAA